UUGAGGUAAGCACGCAGGUACCUUCAGCUCAUGCCCGGGUAUCAAGAGAAGCAGAGCCUUCUGCGGUAAUCCACCAGCGAAGACCAGAGUGCCUCCGAGAUGAGCGACGCCCGGGCCUCCGAGAAUAGCGCCAGUGGUCCCGACUUCGAGGACCACCCAGGGAGCAGCUCUUCUCUGAACUGCCUGACUAAAGCUCAAGAUCUCGGUGUGGCUCCACGCUCACCCCAUUCCGUUGGGGCUCGCACGACAAGGUUCUUCGGCUACUGGAGGAUGCGCGCAGAGCGGACGGGCAACUUCUUGCUGUUCUGCCUGGCCGGCACGACGUUCGCAGCUCUGUCCUGCCUCGCCUUCAUGGUCAUGCGCCUGAACGAGACCGUGGUCUCACUCGAGUGGCGUUUGGCGCGCGCCCUGGUCAGCCGCAUCUAUCGCGGAGACUGACCACGUCGAGCAGCUAUUGCGAGGAUCGUACGAGCAAAGGCGACGACCCCGAUCAUUGUGCGGCGAACUGGAAAUGAAACAGCGCAGAAGAUGAGAAAGAGGGAAGCACGACUCAUCCAGUGUCUGCAUGGGUCUAACAAAACUGUAUUACAUUUCACUACGUUCCCGUGCAGGCAUGCAGCAACCGGCCUACGUCAGCACACUACGGUUAUGCACGUUGUACCGCUUACUUGGCGAGUUAAUCGACACUUCCUUAGAAACAAUUGAUUAACUUGAUUCAGGCUCUGCCCGGCCCACGACAGAGUCCCUAGCAGUGAUAUACCGACUGGAGAAUGGUUAUAAAACACUUGAUAAUUGAACCCGAGGGCAAAUAGUAAUGGAAGAAAUAAAGCGCGAUAUCGACAGUUUUAUAUAGCUUAUUCUAAAGUAUGCUGCUUAGUUUGGCUUGAAUGGUAAUGGAAGUGACGUUUGGUUGUUGCAUCACCAACUUUGUUGCUCAAGGCACGCCGGGAAGACCGUACUGCACGAUGCGUAUACAGUGACCUAUACUCGAAAGUUCCCUCCUCUGGUGAUCAGCGCUCAUCUGGUGGUAAACUCUUCUUGUUUCGUGAGCGUAUCCUAUAAUAUUUAUCAGUAUUGUGGUUAUUAUGAAUAGUAACAAGCAACACCAAUUUAAACGUGAAUGAAAAAUAUUUGUCUGAAACACUACAUAGUCUGAACAAACGCAUAUGAGGAGUGAUACCGCGCUGCAGCCACAUCCUAAGCAAGCCGUAGUCCCCAGAACGUGCGAGGAUUCUUGCGUAUCGAGACUAUUGAAAUGUCAGUCGCGUUCGGAAACACACGAACGCAUAACCUACGCUUCCUCACACCUUGCUGGACUUCUGUAGGCGCACCGUCAACGAUCUGCCCUCAGAUCACGCGGGAUGUAUAAAAAAAAAAAAACAGUUUCAUUUCCGAUUGCUGCCUCUUAAGGCGCUUAGAGGUACCUGCUUUAGCGGUGUUUCACGUCAAACCGCCAUAGACUCGUCGUGAGAAAGCACUGUGUCUUGAGAAAGAGUUCGACGGCCUCAGCUGUAGGUGACACCGGCAGAGGAAAUGUCAGGCGGAGGACCUUGGAAUCAAGCUGGAAACCCAAUAAUCCCUCUACUCGCGUACACCGGCAAUGUCGCCAACCUGGUCCUACUUGCGUACUACUUUCUGAAUACUUCCAUCGUUCUUGCAACACUCACCGACCUCAGCUUCUACGGUCACUAGUUCAAUUAGCAAAGCAAAAAGCCAUAUUUUCUUUUCUUCUAGAGCUGCACUGGAAGAAUGUCCCGAAUCAUGAAGCGAUCGUAAGCAAAAAUACUUAGGGUGCUUGGAGAGGAUGCCGAAAAAACAUUUCGCAAUCAUUCGCACAACAAAGUUGACAUUUGGAAAGAGAAACAUACAUCUUCAGUGUAGUUUAUUUGCCCUAUACGGACACUGCAUUGAGGGCCAUGUUGAUAAAGCAUAAAUAAUUUUCCGGGUUUCGCGUGGGAAGGCAAUGGUCAAAUUAUCAGGCACGCUGUAUAUUGAGAAUUGAGAAAAAAAUUGGCAUGACUGCGGUUGCUUAACGUGUGCCUAGUGUGCAGUACACAGUAUUUUUUAC